UCUAAUGAGAUGUCUGCAGCCUGUGUGCUGAGCAGCAGCAGCAGCAGCAGCAGCAGUGUGUUAACCAAAAGGGGACGAGGAAAAAGCCACAUACAGCAAGAGCAAGAUGGCUCUCCCUGCAUUGUUAGGGAUUUAGCUUUACAGUCACCUUUAUAGGCUCCUAGGAUUUAAGACAAAAGGGCUUGGCUCUUGGGCUUUCACAAUAGAAGACAUCAGCUCCAAAUGAGUGUACCUGCAGCAACAGCACAGAAAUCAGACAGCAACAACAGUGACAUGCAAUCAGCUGCAGUGGCUCCCUCCUUCAUCCCCAGCCAGUCGGGGAAGAUACCGGGCAGGAAGAGAGGGAGACCCCCGCUCCGCAAUGUCGCCAAGAUGGAUUUUCCCAACCGUUACCCCGAGUCGCUCCCUCCGCUCAAAGUGCCAAAGAAGAGGGGGAGAAAGCCGGGUUUCAAGCUCAAACCUAGGAUGGUGAUGACGCCGUUGGCUAUCUCUCCACCCAGCAGCACCCCUGAGCCCGAUAUGAGCUCCAUUCCUCAGGAUGCCGCCACCAUCCCCCACUCUGCCACGCCCCAGGUGCUUACAGUCUGUAUUUAUAUCAACAAGCAGGCCAACACAGGCCCCAACCUGGACAGGAAGAAGAUCCAGCAGCUCCCUGAUCACUUCGGACCCGACAGGCCCUCUGUGGUGCUGCAGCAGGCUGUCCAAGGUUGCAUCGACAGCGCUUUCCAGCAGAAAACUGUGUUCACUCUCCUCACACAAGGCUACGGGGGAGAAAAAAUAUCAGCCACAUUUGAUGGAAAGCAGCACCUUCUCAGCCUCCCAGUGGUGAACAGCAUCGACUAUGUGCUUCGUUUUCUGAAGAAGCUCUGCCGCAGCUUGCACUGUGAAAACCUCUUCAGUGAUCAGCCCAUUACCCAGCACAGUGGUGGCUCCUACCAGUCAGAUGCUGAAACAUCUAUGGCCGAAGACUACCAUUUAGACCAGUCCGAUGGCAAACGCUACUCCCUGGACCCCGGCGAUUCUGCUUUCAGCUCCAUAAGCUCGUCCUACUCACCAAAGUCCUCCUACGGGUUUCGUUCAUCACAGCAGUUCUCCAACGGCUCGGCGUCCAUGAGCAUGUGCCGGCAGUCAUCCACCAGCCCAAACACGUUCCCAGAGAGCAACAGAACAGGAGGUUAUAAUGCAUCUCCAGAGUCCCAGGAGUCCAAGGCUCCACCCAAUAAAGACCCAUCCACCUGGUCUGUGGAAGAUGUUGUCUGGUUCAUCAGGGAUGCGGACCCCCAGGCUCUCGGCCCCCAUUCAGACGUCUUUAGGAAACAUGAGAUCGAUGGAAACGCUUUGUUACUCCUAAAGAGCGACAUGAUCAUGAAGUACCUCGGACUGAAGCUGGGGCCGGCCUUGAAGCUUUGCUACCACAUCGACAAACUAAAGCAGACAAAGUUCUGAAAACCUUCGACGAUAUAUUUCCCCCUUUGAAUCCAACAAUACAUUUGAGAAGGAUCACAUCUGUGGACUCCAGGUCUGUGAGCCAAUGGGAAGAGAGUAGGGUCCCCAGGCAUGAGGUGCAUCACUUCCUUUCUGCCACAAAAGUAUAAAAGCAAAUAGGCCACUACUUUUACAGUUCAUUUAACACAUUUUUGCUCAGAAUGAGAGGCUAACAGUUCUGUAACUUCUGUGUAAAAAUAUGUUAUAAGUGAACACAAAGAGUGAAAUGUUCAAGUAUAACUGGGCAGAUACAACUUUAUCUUCAGUUUUUUAUGAAAAUGUUUGUUACUAACAUUAGCAUUUCGACAUAAGCAAGGUUUGUGAUCACCUGCAGUUUAUGUAACGUCAACCAGGUUGUAUUUUUUAGGCAAUUUAGCAGCUGACAAAAAACAUUACAUUAACACUACUUUUUUGGCCACUUUGUGCGCAGCAGAAACAAGUUGUGAACACAACAUUGACAUAUCAUCACCUUUUAAGUCAAUAUGACAAACUUGUUAGCAAACAGUU